GCAAGCUGGGACGGGCCCCCGGGCGCUCUUGCCCUGAGCCGAAUUCCGUUGCAAACUCCAACCGCUUCCCUGAGACACACACCACACACACACACACAGAGAGAGAGAGACAGAGAGAGAGAGAGAGAGAGAGAGACGCUGGCACCCCUCUCCCGCGCGUGCCCCUCAACCCGGCAGCGUUGCGAACAGCUCCCGUCAACACACCCCUCAAGUGGCAAGAUUUUUCUCUCUGGGACUGUAUUCAGUGCAAAACAGAAAGAUUGUGGGGCAUCUUUCAGUCUGUUUGGACUUCAUGUUUACAGAAGAGAGAUGGAGAUACCAUUAGAAACAAAAAAGAUUUCUGUGUGCCUGAUUCUCUUUGUAUUAAACUUGGCAGAAGCUAUUGAAAUCCCUCUUACUGUGCAACAGCUCCCAACAAUAACAACACAGCCAGCAGAUCAGGUUGCUUUCCCUUUUGAUGAUGAAUUUUCAAUCAAGUGUGAAGCUAAAGGAAACCCCCAACCAAUCUUUAACUGGACAAAAGAUGGGAAACCAUUUAGUCUGUUGGGUGACUCACGGAUAACUACAUUUAAUAAUUCAGGAACAUUUGUAGUUAAAAAUCGUGGGAACAUAGCCUUUUUCCAAGGAAAAUAUCGCUGCUAUGCAUCCAACGUGUUGGGAACUUCUAUGUCACAAGAAAUUGAGCUAAUAGUUCCAGGUAUUCCUAAAUUUCCUAAGGAGAAGAUUGACCCUAUUGACAUAGAACAUGGUGAUGCAAUGGUUUUGCACUGCAAUCCUCCCAAAGGCAUCCCACCACUGCACAUUUAUUGGAUGAAUAUUGAUUUGCAGCAUAUCCCACAAGAUGAAAGGGUCUCCAUGGGCCUUAAUGGGGAUCUUUACUUCGCAAAUGUGGAUGAAAAUGACAGCCGUAGUGAUUAUUGCUGCUUUGCUGCAUUUCCAAAACUAAGAACUAUUGUACAGAAAAUGCCAAUGACAUUGACAGUUACACGUUUAAAAUAUACUAAUGAUUCCAGAUCAUCUAAUGCGGCUAAGGCAAAUUUAAUCAAAGAAAGAAAACCCAAGCUACUUAUUCCUGAAUCUUCUGGUCCCAGUUCAGAAGUGACGUUUAUGAAAGGAAUGGAUCUUUUUCUGGAAUGCAUUGCUGAAGGACUUCCAACACCCCAUUUAACAUGGAGGAGGAUUAACAGAGGCAGUAUUUUCAGAGGAGUCACUGAAAAUUUUGGAAAAGUUUUGAAGAUAGAACAAGUUACUAGAGAUGAUGAAGGAACUUAUGAAUGUGUAGCCUCAAAUGAUUUAGGAGAAACAAAGCAUGAGUUCAAAGUUGGUGUUGAAGAGCCACCCACUUGGAUAAGCAAACCAAAAAGUGGAGUUUUCAGUGUUGGUGGAAGUUUUGUACUGUUUUGUGAAGCUAUUGGCUUUCCUGAGCCAACUAUAAAAUGGAAAAAGAAUGGCAUUCCUCUUGAAGAUAACGAAAUAAAAUCCAGCAGAGCUGUUUUUUCGACAAGGGAGAUCAGCAUCACUGACUUGGAGUUGAGUGACACUGCAGUGUACCAGUGUGAGGCUACCAACAAGCAUGGCACUAUCCUGGCCACAGCAAAUAUUGAUGUUCUCAAUAUUCCCCCAGAAAUAUUAACUCCAGAUGGGGAAGAAUACGUGGCAGUAAUGGGUUAUUCAAGUCACUUGUACUGUCAGUUUUUUGCAAUACCCACACCAGAUAUUUCUUGGACUAAAGAUGACAGCAUGCAACUUCUUGAAGUGGAUCAAAAUGGAACCCUGGAGAUUAGAGAAACAAGGAAGGAAGAUGCUGGAUUUUAUACCUGCCUGGUGAAAAAUUCUGUUGGGAAGCGUGCCAUCACUGCCACUCUCACUGUCAGAGAUGCUACCAAAAUUUCAAUUAUACCGAAGAAUCCACAAGUUUUGAAAUCACAUUCAGUUUUAUUGAAAUGUCAUUCUGAAUGUGACCCACAUUUGAAACACCAGUUUAAAAUUUCUUGGAAAAAGAAUGGAGAGGAAUUGGAGAUGAAUGACACUGAAGAUGGAAGAAUAAUUAUUAAAAAGGAUACAUUGGUUAUACAAAAUGUGGGCCCAGAAGAUGAGGGGGUGUACACUUGUGAAGGAACUUCAUUGCUUGAUAGCGCCACAGAUGAUUCCCGCCUAAUUGUCCUGGAUGUCCCUGACCCACCAGGGGAUCUCCAACUCUCUGAAAAACAGGCAAGAAAUAUUAGAUUAUCUUGGAGUCCUGGAAGUAUUAACAAUAGCCCAAUUAAUGAAUCCAUUGUGGAAUUUGAAGAAAACCGAUGGGAGCCCAGAAAGUGGCAGGAAUUAAUUAGGCUUCCGGGAAAUGAUACUACAGUUGUUUUACCACUGAUCCCUUAUGUAAAUUACCAGUUCCGUGUUAUAUCUGUCAAUGCAGUUGGGAGAAGUAAGCCCAGCGAACCAUCAGAACGAUAUGAGACACCUCCAGCUGCUCCAGACAAGAACCCAGAAAACAUCAGAAUUGAAGUUUCCAAACCACAUGAAAUGAACAUGACGUGGGAGCCACUAAAGCCCAUGGAGCAUAAUGGACCGGGUCUGGAAUACAAAGUGAACUGGAAACAGCAGGAUACCAAUGAAUGGGAAGAAGAAACAGUGCAAAAGCAUUUCCUAGUAUUGCAGAACACCCCUACUUUUGUGCCUUAUGAUAUCAAAGUCCAGGCAGUUAACAAGUAUGGCUCUGGCCCUGAACCUAAUACACUAACUGGAUAUUCAAGUGAAGACAUUCCAGAAGCUGCUCCUUCAAACGUAAUUGUGCAAGUCAUCAAUAGCAGUCUGGCAAAAGUCAUCUGGUCCACAAUUCCAAAAGAUCGGGUUCGUGGACAUCUUAGAGGAUAUAAGGUCAACUGGUGGAAAAUCCGAAACCGUCUGGAUGAAAAAAACCAUCACCCAGAGAAACACUCCUUGACAUUUAAAGCAGACCGAAAUGAUGGAAUGAUUCCUGGUUUAGAGCCUUUUAGCAUCUACCACUUAACUGUCUUGGCUUUUAAUUCCAAAGGAAACGGACCUGAAAGCAUUACAUAUGAAUUCCAAACUCCAGAGGGAGUCCCAGAAAAACCACAUUUUCUAAAAAUACUAAAUUUUGAAAAAGACUCAGUAACAUUGUCAUGGGGGCCACCAAAGAAACCUAAUGGAUUCAUUACUGGAUACACAUUGCAAUACCAAAUGAUUAAUGAGACUGAUAACAUUGGUCCUUUGCAUGAAAUCAGUAUUACCAAUUCAUCAUCAUUAAGCUUCAGAUUGUCUAAUCUAAGCCUCAGCACAAAGUAUAAAUUCUAUGCAAGGGCUUGUACAGUGCAAGGAUGUGGAAAACCUAUUACAGAUGAAGGAGUAACAGUAAACCAUGGCAGUAAAGCUGUUGGGAAGAUUACUGAAGUUAAGCCCACCCCAAAGAGUCAGCCUGUUGAGCCACUUGAUCCUGGAACUGCAAAUACAAUUCGACUAAUGACUAAGAAUUGGGUUGAUAAUAAUAGCAUUUCUGCAGAUGUAAUAGAGACCAGGGGGAGAGCUUACACUGGAAUUUAUGAAAGAAUCUCUACACAAGGUUGGUUUAUUGGACUGAUGGGUGCCAUCGCUUUGCUUACCUUAUUGUUGCUUACUAUCUGCUUUGUUAAAAGGAACAAAGGAGGAAAAUAUUCAGUAAAAGAAAAAGAGGACCUGCAUCCGGAUCCUGAAGGCCAGUCCAUAAAAGAUGAAAUCUUUGGUGAAUAUAGUGACAGUGAUGAAAAGCCGCUCAAAGGAAGCUUGCGGUCUCUUAACAUGGAUAUUAAAAGUGCAGAAAGUGCUGAUAGCUUAGUGGAUUAUGGCGAGGGGGACCACAGGAUGUUCAAUGAAGACGGUUCGUUUAUUGGUGCUUACGCUGGAUGCAAAGAAAAAGCCUCGGUUGAAAGCAUCGGGAGUUCCACAGCAACCUUUCCUCUCCACGCAUAAAAUAUUAGCAUGAAUUAUUCAUUUCAGAUCAUCGUAUUUAUCUUUACUUCUCAAUCAAAUAUUAUACAAGGCAGAAAUAGGCUGCAGAAAAAUUAAAGACCUGGACAUGCAGCAGGUACAGAAACAGGCAGAUGACUUUAAAAGUUGAUUUUUUUUUAAACUUAAUUCUUUUUUCAAGACACGGACAUUUUCAAACCAUUAAAAAAAUAAAAAUGACUCCGAACUAAAGUUUUUUCAUACACAUGUCAUUUAGUCUGACCAAAACCAUACCUUCUUCAGUAUUAUAUAUGUAUUUUGGGAUCUAAUUUCCUCCAGGUCUUUUACAACCCAGUUUUAGAAACAUCUGUAACUGGAACAGCAGUCAAAGAGUUGACAUUAAAUGAGUAACUGCUAUAACUCUAUCUUUGAUUUGGGUUUGGCAGGCUAUAGAAAGUUAUAACCAAAUAUUAUGGAGAGAAGGUUAUGCUGGCAUGACUGAUACUGUGCCGGCCAAUGGUGCUGGAAAGCUUCAGAAGCCAAGUAGUUCUUAUGUCUCUACAGUAUCCUUUUUCUUGGUCAGUUCUGUGUUGCACAAGGAUACAAUGUUAAGCCAACACAUCAUGUCUGCCAAUAGUCAUUUUUGCCGGUGUGCUUAGUCAGCGAUAAUAGUACAUUAUCUUUCUGUUGGGAAUAACAGACGGUGUGAUAUAUUCGACUGCAUGUACUACAUUCUGUACUACAUUCUUGUUAGGUUGUAACUAGUAGCAAUGGGCCCUAGGUUAGCAUUUCCACUUAAUUACACAUUUCUGCUUCUCUAUGUUUCAAACCUCAUUCAUAGUAAUCCCAUAUUUUCAGUGUUACAGGGAUCUCCAGGCAAAAAAACUGUGUAGCAGCAACAAAUGCAUUAGCUAGGGAUACUAGUGCAAAGAGUGCACUCCGUGACAUGUCCUCUUUUGAAAAGAUAUGAAAAAUGUGCCAGUGAUUUGAGAAUUUGUAUUCUGUACAGAUAGCAAGGCCUUCAAAUGUAGUAUGGUUAGAUGAUAUUUUAUGUUUUGCCCACUAGCUGGCACCCUUUCUUUAUGCAAGCAAAUUCAAAACUUUCUUUGGGUUAUAGAAAGUAUAUGGCUCUUUCAAAAUUGUGGAGUUUUACUCCAUCCAAACAAGAAAAAAAAAAUCAGGAAAGAGCUGGCUUUUAAAGGAAAUAGGAUUUUUCACCACUUCAUAUUUGAGUGCCCACAUAUCUUUUCCGAAUGUUUGUAUAUAUUAAGAUUAUUCUGAUACUUUCAGGGGAAGUCAUGCUAAUUUUUAUUUUGUCAAGGUGCAAUGGCAGCAUAUCAUUGGCAAUUUAAUUCUUUCCAGGAAGUUUCAUUUAUGUGGCUACAAUUCAUUUUCUCAAGCAAAACGUAUUCAGAAACAUUUCUAAAUCUCCAACUAUGAAUAUUGUAUCUCACUUGUUAAAUCAAAGUAAAUGUGAUUAUUGAAAAGGGUUUCUAUCAAAGCUUUUUCAGUCCCUUUGAGUGUGUAAUAGAGUUGCUAUUCAAAGUUUAAACAUUUCUGGUGUACAUUACAGAAAGAAAAACAUAUUUGUUAUAACAAUAUAGAUACUAUUGUAUGCAAAGCUAUCUUGGAAUAAUAUACUUCCCCAUUUUCUUAUGUCAUUGCCUUGUUACUCAGCCCUCUUUCUUAUCUUGGUAGGCUUUUACUUGGCCAUUUUGUUAAUUUUGAGACAUGCAGAUUAUCUAUUAUUUACAUUAUCCAAUAUUCCUUUUUCCCAACCCUAGAUAAUAAGGAUGCAAUUAUCUUCAGCUCAGAUCCAUUCAUUUUGGCUAAGACUUCAUAUUUUGGAAAUGUUAAACACUAUGUUAUAUAGAAAGUAACCAUUGUCUGUUUAUCAGAGUCCUAAUUACUUAUUGCAGCAUUGGGACCCAGAACUGUGUCAAAAGAUAAUUUCAGUUCUUAGUCCAUACUAAUGGCUGCUAGGCAAGAUACCAUUGCUCGAGUGGUUAGGUGAUAUAAGCUGUAUAAACUUGAUAUGUAUCAAAGGAACUUGUUUUCUUCCCUUUGAGGCACUGGUAGUAAUAGGUAUAAGUACUUCUUGGAGACAAAGCAGCCCUAUUAUCACCUUCCUUCUUCCCAAACCGCACUAACAUUAGCCAUUUUGCUUCCAAAGUUUGAUGGCAUGGUUUCAGUCUUCAGGGAGUGGGGGGCAGGAUUUCAAGAGGCCAUGUGCAUUCCUCAAUAUUCAGGUCCAACUAUAUUUGAAAUAUAAUUUCCCUACCUUUAUCUUUAA